AUGAAUGAAUAUUACAGCGAUGAAUAUCCAGAAAGUGAAGAAUAUUCAUACAUAUCGAAAUCAGAGGAAAAUUAUCAAAAGAAUAAAGAUAUGCAGAAGAUAUGCAUGCAAAAGCUACCAGCACCAAUAUCUAUAACAAGUGUCCCAAUAGAAAAAGAUGUUCAAAUUCCUGAAUCUGUUAUCACUGAAGAAAUCUUUGUUCCUAUUGGGAAAUCAUCAAGAGAUCCUUUACCUUCAAAAGGUGUAAUGACUGCAAAUAGGAAUAAAAUAACAGCACAAACUGGAACACCCCAUACAAGAAUACCGACAGGUAUACGAUUUACGGAGGAGCGACACCGAUCACGUACGAUCAGUAUUUUCAAUGAGCAGAAACCAGAGAAAUGA